AUGGAGGGAGCGGUGAAGCAACUGUACCCCGUCCUCGCAAACUCAACCCGCACCUACUCACCUAUCACUCUCAGCCGCGACUGGUCAACUCUUGGAAGACUCGUUAUCGUUGUAUUCUGCGCUUGCUUCGGAUCUACAAUAAACGGUUUCUUCGUCUCAGCCUUCUUUGUGGAACACGCUUUAAAAAGGAUUGGUAAUGUGUUCCACGCUUGUGUUGGUAUGGCAGACAUGUUUAUAACGGCCGGGGUGUUACCUAUAUCAGCUGUAGUUUUGCUCUCUGGCGUGUGGGACACUGUACCUGUCUGCGAAGGGCUACAAUUCCUUACUGAGGCUUCCACGUACUGCUACUCCAUCUUCUUCUGUCUGGUCGCGGCUGAGUGUUACGUCCGCAUCUGUCACCCUCCAUCUGCGUACGAAAUCUUCAUAAACAUGCGUGUCGGCUUGGUCUCCACUUUGGUGUUUAUCCUUGGUAUGACUGUAGCUGCCGUCGGGACUUACCUCGACCUUGACUACGACUACUGCGAACGUCGACACCACGGCAACUACAUCUUCAGACUCAGUACCAAUAUCAUAUUCCACGGCAUUCCUUUCAUUCUUACUACUUACACCCUCAUCGCUUCGUCUAUCCGCAUAAACCAGCAUUCUCGACUCCAAGCCGCUUACAAGCGCUCCUUGCAAUAUCACAGGGACCUUUCUUUGAUUAAGCUGAACAUAAUGGCGUAUUUCAUGUACGUUCUCUCUUGGACCCCUUACCUUGUAAUCCUCCAUCAGUACCCAGAUAUUGGUGACGCUCACUUCUACCAGACCGCUUGGGUAGGUAUCGGUCGCUCCUUAUUUACAAGUUUGUUGUAUGGUUUUCUGAACAGAAGCUUUGGUCGUGCUUACGCUAAUUUGUUCUAUUAUUGCUGUUGCAAGAGUUCUCUAAAUGGAACAUUCCACACCCGUCAUAGGAGGGUCAUUGAAUACCGGCCCACUGACGUCCGGGUGCACAUUAUGCACCAGGCCGUGAGUGUGAACAGCCCGCAACGGGGCGCCUCCUCUUCUCGGGAUACCCAGGAACUGUAA